AUGGACAGCCCCCUCCUCUCCCCCGCCAAAGCGCGACAAGCAGCCAUCCAGGCCAAAGACUGGGCCUUCGUCAACUCCUGGCUCAGUCGCCACUACGCCCCGAACCCAGUCCCCACAUUCGAGCGAAACGAAGAUACACUGCGCACAUUGCUUGCCCUAGCGGCUGCGAACGACGCGGCCGACGAGCAAGCGGCUCUCCUACACCAGGCACGCGAACAAGCCGUGGAGGGGUUCAAGGCGCGCGAAAAGACCGAAGAGAAACAGAAGAAAGAAAUACUUGACGAGCUAGAGCUUUGUCUCGACGAGAGGGGGGAACAGGAUCUGGACGAUCUGGCGAAAUCGGCUGCGGCGUUGGGCGCGCUGAGCGCGGAGGCGGGACACCUGGGGCAAUCGAUUAUCGAUCUGACGAAGGAGGAAUUUGGUAUUGAAGACCAGUUGGCCAAGGUGGAUAAGCUACAUGAUUAUCUGCAAACCGAAUUGGAGGCGCUGCGUCGGCAAUUGGAUGAACUCAGGUCCGAUCCGGCUUAUCAAGUUCCGGCUGAUCUGCCGGCUAGGACGGCGGAGUGGACAAAAGGUACGAAAGCUCUCGCUGCUAAAGCGGGUGAAUAUCAGGAUAGGGCUGCUACGUUGAAGAGAAAUCAAAGUGAAGGGCCUACGUUGGAAGAAUUGCUGGCGGAAGAGGACGACGUCAAGAAGCUUAUGAGCACGGUCAAAACUUUGGAACAUCGACUUCAGUUGUUCCAUGACCUUCCUACAGAUGUCCAAGGGGCGCGGGCUAAGUAUCGAGAGUUGCUAGAGGAACUCGAUGAGCUUACCCAGGAACGAGACUCGAAGCUUGGUCAGUCCGUACGGGGGAAGUGA